UCCAACGGUCCGCUUCUAGGUAACUCUUUAAUCGACCACGAAGAACUUCUCACCUUACCAGCACACAGUUACUAUGUAUAACUGGCGUUUACUACUUGCGAUUUUCGCGGUUUUCCAACCCAUUGCGUCUUUCACCGAACGUAAUCUCGUUGAUGGAAGGCAGCAGUGCUGUGACCAUCGGCUUUCGAGAGAUUCAGCGUAUUCUCUUGAUGGAGAUCGCUUUAAAUCCGAAUACCGUCGACUAACCGUCCAGCCCCGUGAAAUACGCGAAGAACGGCGCGAUGAUCGGCGAAAUGAGAAUUUCGCUGCACGCUCUUCGUCAAUAGAUUCUUUGCGGAAUUCCCACCGAGAAAGAGAAUUGCCUGAAUUGCGAAUUCGUUUAUCUCGGACCGAAUUUCGCCGAGAGCGAGAGUCUGAGGUUCGCAGUUCAAUAGCACCCCAACAACAAGCGAGGGACUAUCGAGCAACAGGCACUUCUACUGAUCGAAUUAGAAACGCAGAAAAUCGUCGCGAUGAUCAUUUCAGGAAUACAAGAACUGAUGACGAACAACGACAAAGUCGACAAAGCUUCAGGAAUAUAAGAUCUGAAGAAAACCGAGUAUUCCGUGGACGCAAUGUUGAUGAAGACUCGAGACUGGGAAAUCGUCGUGAUAAUAGCUUCAGGAAUAUAAGAUUUGAAGAAAGCCGAUUGUUCAGAGAACGAAAUGUUGAUGGCGGAUCUAGACGAGAAAUUCAUCGUGAUAAUAGCUUCAGGAACGUAAGAUUUGAAGAAAACCGAGGACUACGAGCACGUAACAUUGUUGAAAAACUAGAGCAACCAGAUAGUCGUCGUGAUAGUAGCUUCAGGAAUACAAGGUCUGAAGAAAACCGAAUGAUCCGAGAACGCAAUAUUGAUGAAAAACUAGAACAAAGACAAAUUCGUCGUGAUAAUAACUUUAGGAAUACAAGAUCUGAAGAAAACCGAGUAGUGCGAGCUCGCAAUAUUGAUGAAAAACUAGAGCAACGAGAAAGUCGUCGUGAUAUUAGCUUCAGGAAUGCAAGGUCUGAAGAAAACCGAGUGUUCCGAGCACGCAACAUUGACGAAAAAUUGGAACAACCAGAUGGUCGUCAUGAUAGUAGGUUCAGGAAUACAAGAUCUGAAGAAAACCUAGUAUUACGAGUACGCAAUAUUGAUGAAAAACGAGAGCAACGGGAAAGUCGUCGUGAUAAUAGCUUCAGGUUUGCAAGGUCUGAAGAAAACCGAGUAAUCCGAGCACGCAAUAUUGAUGAAAAACGAGAGCAACGGGAAAGUCGUCGUGAUAAUAGGUUCAGGAAUACAAGGUCUGAAGAAAACCUAGUAUUACGAGUACGCAAUAUUGAUGAAAAACGAGAGCAACGGGAAAGUCGUCGUGAUAAUAGCUUCAGCAAUGCAAGGUCUGAAGAAAACCGAGUAAUCCGAGCACGCAAUAUUGAUGAAAAACUAGAACAACGAGAAAGUCGUCGUGAUAUUAGCUUCAGGAAUACAAGGUCUGAAGAAAACCGAGUAGUACGAGCACGGAAUAUUGAUGAAAAACUAGAGCAACGAGAAAGUCGUCGUGAUAAUGGAAUCAGGAAUACAAGGUCUGAAGAAAACCGAGUAGUACGAGCACGGAAUAUUGAUGAAAAACUAGAGCAACGAGAAAGUCGUCGUGAUAAUAGAAUCAGGAAUGCAAGGUCUGCUGAAAACAUAAUAUCCUACGGCCGAAAUCUUGAUAGAAACAUAGAGCGUCGCGCUUUUGAACGUCGCGCAAUCGAAUUACGACUAACACGGGGAAUCCAACUUAUGCGCGAUAAUGUUGACGAAGUACGCAGGAGCAGAGAUUUGCGCGAUACUCGCGAUGAGCUAAGACGCUCAAGAUCUACGGAUACCCGGCGCAUUGAAAGCGAUGGAACUCUAGAUCGCAGAACUUCAGAUGAUCGCUUUGCUUUAAGAAAUCAGCGUAACAUUCGAUCUCUAGACAGGCUUUCCAGAGGAAGCAAUGACGACAGAAGACUUACUUUUGAAGUCCGAGAGAACCGAGAAAUGAGGGAACGAAAACGUUAUGAUAUCAACGAAGCUGAAAGGAGGAAUCUUGAAUUACGCGUGCGAGAGAGAUUAGACAUCCGAAGAGAAAUUGGUUCUCGCCUCUCAACAACACGUCGGGAAGACAAUAACAGAGAUGGACGCUUGCUGAUGCACUCCACAAGGAGAACAACUGAAAUUAGAGUAUCCACAAACAUUGGUGAUCGAGCUUAUGAAAUCAAACACGAAAAGAAUAAUCUUUAUGGUUCCCGUACUGAACGUGUUGCUGAUGAUAGGAUCGAAAUACGAAGCCGAAGGCAACAGUUACGUGAAACUUUAGGAAAUAAGAAUACGCAGCGCGAUAUCGCUCAAAGAACAGUUAUGAAUCGCGCAGAGAAAGAACUGCGCGAUGAAAGCAGAGCACUCCGCGAUACAAAUGAUGAACGCCGCGUGAUUCGCCAAAAAAGUAACUCAGAACAUCGAGAAGUGCGAGAGAGCCAUCGAAGAAACUCUGAAAAUAGAGAUUUCCGCACUGGGAACAAUAAGCGCAGAAUGCGAACUGUGUCUGAAUCGCGUCGAGAUUCCAGGAUUGUUGAACGCGAAAUUUCCCUGCGCACCGCUGACCGAAGGCAGGCUCGCGCAGUUCAUGAAAUGAAAGAAUUCAAUCGAAACGUCAUUGUUCCUAAAACUACCGAAAGGCAAAAUAUUGACAGUAGAAUAAAGUACAAUAGCGAUUUCUCCAGAAACCAAGUAAGCACAGACGGCAACACUAGAGCCAAAGAUGAAAAUAAAGCAUAUGAAAAUAACUGGCAAAACCUGAUUUACACAAUGCAGGGAAUCUACCUGUGCAGCAUUUUCAUCCCAAUGUUGAUGAACAACAGCAGCUACAAAAAGAAAACAAAAUCCCUGGGUCUACGAACACCUUUCCAGGCGCUUAUCAAGACAGAUUGAACAUUCCAACUUAUAUCUCGCAAUAAUACCUAUUUAAUGUUCUUUGCUUAAAAUAAUGUUGAAAAUUUCAUGUUUUAUUAGUAGAUGAAUAUAGA